AUGGUUGACUCACUCAACACAUCUGACUAUGAUGACUACAAUGAUUCAGUGGCAAUACCUUCUCAGUCCCCAGUCAUCUAUGAGAUGUAUAAGGUGAAGACUGGCUUUAGAUACAUGUAUGUGUUUGUGUACUCAGCCACCAUUCUGUUGGGUCUACUGCUCAACUGUGCUCUUAUCUUCAUGACUGUAAAAUGCAGGUCCAAGAAGAAACGUAGCAAACAAAUGUUAAUCCUUGGCUUGGCUGUCACCCACCUCGUCUUCUGCCUCUUCACCCCACUUUACCUGAUCACUGCCUGGAACAAUUUCUCCUGGACAUUUGGCAACGUUGUCUGCAAGCUGGGGUCCUACGUGAUGUUUAUGAACAUGUUUUCUGUCUCACUGAUGAUCACCUUCUGGAAUGUGUGUUGGUGUGUCCCUGGAUCCUUUGAACACCACAUGUCCACCAACAUGGUCCUGCUGUCCUGGUUCACUGGGGCCAUACUGAGCGCCCCCUCUCUACUGUCCAGGCAGGUUCAGUACACUGCCGAUGGACACGUCUGCCUUGACAACUAUGAUUAUACUGAAAGAUCCCAGAUCUCUGAAGAGGGAAGGGUAAGAAUGAUGGCAGUGGUGAUCUGUCGCUUCAUUUUUGGGCUGCUGCUCCCUUUGGGUGUGAGAUGUGUCAGCUGUUGCUGCAUGAACAGCAGGGGAAACAACCAAGUGAGGUCACAGGUUAUUCGACCUGUGACUAUUGCCCAUUUCCUAUGCUGGGCUCCUGUCGUCUGUCUCUCUGUGCUGCAAGUCACAGUGAGGACAGGCAGCAGCUUGUUCACAUACGCAUUGCCCCCGGCCACUGCCCUGUCAGUCUUAAACAGCUGCAUCUCUCCUAUCAUCUGCAUAUGGCAGGAGAAGAAGGAACUUAAACGUAACUCUUGCUCACAGCCUGAGAGGACCCCUCAGAUGGAGGACAACAAAGAGGAGGGUGAGGAGAUGACUUGCCUGAGACACUGACCAUAAGGAGGACAAUAUCCUUGAACAGUGUCACGCCCUGACCUUGGAGAUCCGUUUAUUCUCUAGUUGGUUAGGUCAGGGUGUGAUUUGGGGUGUACUGUCUAGGUUGUCUAUUUCUAUGUUGGCCGGGUGUGGUUCCCAAUCAGAGGCAGCUGUCGAUCGUUGUCUCUGAUUGGGGAUCAUACUUAGGCAGCCAUGUUCCUACCUUUGUUUGUGGAAUCUUUUUCUGGUUUGGCUUGUUGCUGUGCAGCCUGUAGAACUUCUCGUUCUGUUGUCGGUGUUUCUUGAAUAAAUUAAUAUGUACGCAUACCAUGCUGCACCUUGGUCCGAUCCUUCACUCAACGUUCGUGACAAACAGUAAUGGGAAAACAACAUACUGUAAACACAAUUUGCAAUUUAAGAACAGCUUGAAAUGUAGUUGUAAAUAAUGAUAUCAUGCAAAAUAUAUAUUUUUAAAUAAUUGUAAUAAAUACUUUUUAAAAUUGGGUUUUGUUAACAACUCACUGUAUGUAUAAUUCAUUACACAUUGUACAGUGAGGGAAAAAAGUAUUUGAUCCCCUGCUGAUUUUGUACGUUUGCCCACUGACAAAGAAAUGAUCAGUCUAUAAUUUCAAUGGUAGGUUUAUUUGAACAGUGAGAGACAGAAUAACAACAAAAAAAUUCAGAAAUACACAUGUCAAAAAUGUUAUAAAUUGAUUUGCAUUUUAAUGAGGGAAAUAAGUAUUUGACCCCCUCUCAAUCAGAAAGAUUUCUGGCUCCCAGGUGUCUUUUAUACAGGUAACGAGCUGAGAUUAAGAGCACACUCUUAAAGGGAGUGCUCCUAAUCUCAGCUUGUUACCUGUAUAAAAGACACCUGUCCACAGAAGCAAUCAAUCAAUCAGAUUCCAAACUCUCCACCAUGGCCAAGACCAAAGAGCUCUCCAAGGAUGUCAGGGACAAGAUUGUAGACCUACACAAGGCUGGAAUGGGCUACAAGACCAUCGCCAAGCAGCUUGGUGAGAAGGUGACAACAGUUGGUGCGAUUAUUCGCAAAUGGAAGAAACACAAAAGACCUGUCAAUCUCCCUCGGCCUGGGGCUCCAUGCAAGAUCUCACCUCGUGGAGUUGCAAUGAUCAUGAGAACGGUGAGGAAUCAGCCCAGAACUACACGGGAGGAUCUUGUCAAUGAUCUCAAGGCAGCUGGGACCAUAGUCACCAAGAAAACAAUUGGUAACACACUACGCCGUGAAGGACUGAAAUCCUGCAGCGCCCGCAAGGUCCCCCUGCUCAAGAAAGCACAUAUACAGGCCCGUCUGAAGUUUGCCAAUGAACAUCUGAAUGAUUCAGAGGAGAACUGGGUGAAAGUGUUGUGGUCAGAUGGGACCAAAAGCAAGCUCUUUGGCAUCAACUCAACUUGUCGUGUUUGGAGGAGGAGGAAUGCUGCCUAUGACCCCAAGAACACCAUCCCCACCGUCAAACAUGGAGGCGGCAACAUUAUGCUUUGGGGGUGUUUUUCUGCUAAGGGGACAGGACAACUUCACCGCAUCAAAGGGACGAUGGACGGGGCCAUGUACCGUCAAAUCUUGGGUGAGAACCUCCUUCCCUCAGCUAGGGCAUUGAAAAUGGGUCGUAGAUGGGUAUUCCAGCAUGACAAUGACCCAAAACACACGGCCAAGGCAACAAAGGAGUGGCUCAAGAAGAAGCACAUUAGGGUCCUGGAGUGGCCUAGCCAGUCUCCAGACCUUAAUCCCAUAGAAAAUCUGUGGAGGGAGCUGAAGGUUCGAGUUGCCAAACGUCAGGCUCGAAACGUUAAUGACUUGGAGAAGAUCUGCAAAGAGGAGUGGGACAAAAUCCCUCCUGAGAUGUGUGCAAACCUGGUGGUACUAAGUUAUGUUUUGCAGAGAGGUCAAAUACUUAUUUCCCUCAUUAAAAUGCAAAUCAAUUUAUAAUAUUUUUGACAUGCGUUUGUUGUUAUUAUUCUGUCUCUCACUGUUCAAAUAAACCUACCAUUAAAAUCAUAGACUGAUCAUGUCUUUGUCAGUGGGCAAACGUACAAAAUCAACAGGGGAUCAAAUACUUUUUUCCCUCACUGUAUAUAAAGCCCUCGAGGUAAUACAUUACUUCUUGUUUUUAACCUGUGUUUAUUUUCAAUUCAAAUGCUUGUUGAAUAAAGAUUUGAUGAAACACAACCAUUAACAUUUCUGAAAAUAACUAUUUUGAAUAAAAUGUUACAAUUUGCCAUAGUAAAAAUGUGACAAACAAUGUGGCAUUGUGUGACACAAUACUCACAAGGGGCUACCAAGCCAAAAUAGAGUACUGAAAGUAGUGGAGUGGAAUGGAAAUUUUUGGGAAACUGCACAGUCAGCCAGUGCUGUUGUAUUGGUCAAAAACGGAGAGGAGUGUUAGGAUAGUAUAUCACAAGUGACAGUCAAUGCGGUAUUGACAAGCACCACUGGACAGUGACAUGUCAGCACCAUCAAUUGGUCUGUAAGGUAGGCUAUUGUCUUUUCCUUCAUUUUGGAACCAUUGUUUCAGAUCAUCUAAUGUUAUGUUUGUGCUAUAGAUUACAUAUUAACUUAAUUGAUUGGAUAAUUGUCAAGUACUGAUUUAGUGAAUAUAGGCAAUAUCUAAUGCAUCUGUAAUUGAGGAUGUUUUCAACGCUUGCAAAACAUAUCUUACAUUUUCACGUAGGCCUAAAGACAUCUAUAUUUUGUUGAACAGAGGGAGAAAUUGACGAAGGUCAUUGAAGAAGGCCAAAAUGUUAAGCUUUUAACUUUGCUUAAAGAUAAUGUUUUUAAUGGUGAGCGAGCGUUGCGCCUUUUCAAUUUUCAUUGAAGAAAGGGAGGACAUAGUAGUAGGAGGAUAGUGAGGAGAGAGUUUGUGACAAAGUAACGAUGGGUCUGGAACUCGAACCAAAAUUAUAGGCACCCUUGAUAAAGAUUAGCAAAAAAAUACUGUAAAACAAAUAAUGCAAAAACAGAGUUAUUUUGUAUGCAAUUUUUUUGUUGAAAAUUAUAUUAUUUUACACUAAUACAUUUGCUCAUUUUACAUUUAGAUUUGACAUUUUAGUCAUUUAGCAGACACUCAUAUCCAGAGUGACUUACAAUUAGUGUAUGAAUCUUAAGAUAGCUAGGUGAGACAACCAAAUAUCACAAUCAUAGUAAGUACAUUUGCCCUGAAAGUAUUUAUCAGCAAAGUCAGUGCUAGUAGGAAAAGACACGUUUAAAAAAAAUUGACUAAAAAAUGAGGACCAGUGGAAGCUAAAUAGCCCCAUAAGAUCCACCACAAUUAUGUGACCGACCGCCUUGAUUCGGCCUUAUGUAGCAAAAUUUGAAAUUGUGUUUUUUUACAUUGGAUAAAAGCAGAGACAGAGCUACAAAAUGGUAUAUCAUACACUGCAUUUGAGGAACAAUGGGAAAGUAAUUCUGCUUUGAAAGUUGAUAACCCCUCUUGAGAAAAUGGCCCUUGAAUGUUUUGGUACACCUACUGGAGAGCUCUUCUUUGUCUAUACCCAUUCAGCAUUGUUCACACCCUCUUAAGCCAGCCAAAAUUCAAAGUAAACAGAAAGUGUCCAGAUACAAAUAUUUUAUAAAUAUUAGUUGACAUUGUAGCAAAAAUAGAUAGUGUCAAUAUAUAUAUAAAAAAAGAACAAGUGUCAAUGCCAGUAGAAAAAUAACUACAUAAUAUACAGUAUGUACAAUAACAAUAUCAAUGAUACUGGUGAUAGAUCAGGUAGUUAUAUGCAUACAAUAAGGGGUAAAGUGGCUGAGCAGCAAGAAAAAUAAAUAAAUAGUAACAGCAAUGUAUGGCGUGUGUGUGUUAGGAGAAGAGCCAUGUGAAUAGAGGCACUGCAGAUAGUGCUGAUGACUGGGAACUCGCCCCCAGUGAUGAACUGGUCCGUCCAAACCACGCAUGAACAAGGGAAUCUAUAUUUGGAGAGCCUGUUUCUGUCCUGCCCUUGGUGCAGGGCAUGUGAUGUCCAUGGCCUCUUCGUCACAGAACUCCCUGAUCUUCUCAAAAAUAUACAUUUGUCUAGCUGUGUCCAGUCCAGGUGAUGCUUACACAGGUAGACCAUCUAUGGGAGGAAGGAUGUCAGCGUUGCGCAGCAGCUGAAACCUGGUCCUGACUGAGUCCGAACGCUCCUUGGUGACAACAACGCCAGGCACCAGAGCAUCGAAGCUGUAAAACAGGAAAUAACAAAAAACACUUAAGACAUUACAACCUUGCAUAACAUCAAUUCACCUCCCAAGUUUAGAUAAGAAGAAUAACCUCAUACAAUGCAAUGAACAUGAUGUUCACCUGAAGUGCUGGUACUGCUUGAUCUGUGGCAGCGGCCUGAAGUAUGGAGUCAGGUGUUGUUGCCAGACAUAGCUUUCCAACAGCACCAUACCAUCCUCCAGUCCAACCAGCUGUGGGACGUUGACCCCUGUCACAGUGCUGUCCUUCACAACACCAGCAAUCUCAGACAAAGUGUUCACUCUGGUCUUUCUGAAGCGCUGCUUGAUGAGGCCAAAGCACCAGUCGGGGGCAAACUUGGUGUGGCCUGUGAUCAGGAAGUGAAGGUCCAGACUGUGGUGGAGCUUGUGCAUGGUCCACCAGAAACAAUACCAGAGCAAAAACUUGUUCUUGUUUUGUUAUCACAAUUCAGGUCCACACGCGUUUCCCCAUCUCUGUAGUUGGUGAAGGAUAGUGCACCUGCAAACAACAACAAAAGAACAUUAAGAUACAUUUAAAUGAGCUAGUUAGCUAUCUAAACAAUGAACCAUAAUCCCAACCCAUAGAAUACUAGCAAUACAAACCGAUUGUCAUAGCUAGCUAAAGUUAACCAAAUAGGUUCAGUGUUAGCUAGUUAACGUUAGGCUAUAACUAGCAAUGCAAAUGGCUUUCUGAGAUAAUAUUACUACACAGAUCAUACACGUAAAUGUUAGCUAGCGAGCCAGCCCCCUAACGUUAGCUAGCUAGCUAACAGUAAGCUUUAACUUGCAAUGAAAACAACUUUCUGACAAAAUUAGAAACGUAUAAUAUCUGAAACUGUAGCUAGUUGCUUACCCGUAUACAUGGAUGAACGCUUCAUGGCAGACUGCAACCCCUUUCAUUAAAUAUGACGUCCUGUGUCAUUUCCGUUUGGUUUGUACAGCUUGCUUGGCCCGUUGUGUCAAGUCACUCUGGUUCACACUGAUCGUGUGCAAUGCCUUAAGAAUCAUCAGAUCUUUCUCCCUCUGUCACGGAUGCCAUGGUUACCUGAAAAAACUGCAGUUCUAGGGGUGCGUUCGUAAAUUCACUCUGGCUAUCUAUUCUGAUUUCAGAGCACUCUCGUCUUAAUUAAAUUGUUGCCAGCAGCACAGUUACCAACGCUCUGGAUAACAUGAAAACAGCCUAACCAGCUCUGCUUGGGCGAGUAAAAUGGUCAGAGUGAGGUGUUCUCUCAUUUGUGUCUGGAAGUAGCUAGCAAGCCAGCCAACUUAAGCCAGUUAGCUUGGGUGCUUGACUGCCAUUGUGUGGUCAGAUCAACCCUACUCCUCGGCCAGAGCUUUCAGUGUGCGCUCUGAAUUUACGAACGGACAAUCUGAAACGCUCUGAAUUUACAAACGCUCAGACCCCACUCUGAGCGCACUCUGGCACUCCAGAUUUAAUUUACGAACACACCCCUACACAUAACGAGCAGCUCAUUUUAUAGACAGAAGAUGCUACACGGCAGACCAAUCCGAAACUCAUCUCUCGGCAUGUCCAGCCCAUUCAUUAAUUCAGCCAAUCAUCGCUAGCGGGAAGGUUCCUGUCUUUUCUGUGGCUAAACCAACUAGGCUCGUAAUUUAACUACUUAAUUCGUAUUUACAGAUGGCCUACAAGUUUGUUAUUAAGGCACAUGAAAGUUCAAAAGUCCAGGCAUUUCUGCCAAAAAACACAUUUUGAUAAUAAUAAAAAAAUAUAUAUAUAUACGUUCAAAUGCUUCUCCUUUGAAGUCGUGACUUGCAACAUAUGCCUAGAUUCCUGAAACAAGUCACUAUUUUACAGUAGGUAUGAGGUACUUUUCUUCAUAUGCUUCUGUUUUUUUAUAUACCAAACCCACCACUGGUGUGUGUGGCCAAAGAGCUCUAUCUUCAUGUCAUCUGACCAUAGCACACCUGUGGUGGGUUUGGCGUCAGAAAACGGAAGCGUACCAGGACAUUUUAGCCAAAAACCUGGAUGUCUCUUCCAGGCCACAAGUGGAAUUUCCAGCAAGACAAUAACCCCAAGCACACAUCAAAAUCUACAAAGAAAUUGUUAAUUAACCACAAAAAUCAACAUUUUGCAAUGGCCAUCUCAAUCUCCGGACUUGAACCCCUUUGAAAACCUUUGGUUUGAAUUGAAGAGGGCAGUCCAUAAGUGCAGACAAAGGAUAAAGGAUCUGGAAAGAUUCUGAAUGGAGGAAUGGUCUAAGAUCCCUCCCAAUGUGUUCUCCAAUCUCAUAAAACAUUUUAGAAAAAGACAGUGUCGUUAUCCUCGCAAGGGAAGGGUGCUGGAGUACUGAAAACAAGGGUGCCAAUAAUUUGAGAUUGAUUUUGUUACUUAUUAAACAAAAUCCUCCUUCUCUGAGCAAUUGUAUUGAGCAUGCAAUAUAGCUCAGUAUUUGUAUUAUUUAUUUUAUACAGUCUUUUUUGAUAAUCUUUAUCCAGGGUGCCAAUCAUUUUGGACCUAACGUAUAAGGCAGUGCUCUUCACCACUAGACCACCUCAGACUUGUUUGAAGUGGAUACGUUCAGAAACAGACAUGUAAAUUAGCAUGGGUAGAAGACAGACUCUGAAGUAAGGGUUGAGAACAAGGGGGAUAUCAAAACUGUUUCCUAAAUACAAUAUCCUAUCUUCACAGGGAUUGCAAGCCAAAUAACUGCAACACAAUGGAGGAUUCUGAAACCAUUUAUGAAGAUGUUGAUUAUGAAUAUAGGGAUUAUAGCAAUUACACCUAUGACAAUUCUACUCACGAGGAAGUAGCUUUCAAAACCCACAAGACAUGCUUCACAGAGGUUUCAUGCAUCUCCCUCCUGGUGGUCAAUGUAGUCAUCUUCCUGCUGGGGGUUUGUGGGAAUGGGGUGGUCAUCUGGAUCGCUGGUCUCAAGAUGAAGAAGACGGUCAACACCACCUGGUACCUCAGCCUAGCCGUCUCCGACUUCAUAUUCUGUACCUUUCUCCCCUUCAACAUCAUCAACACAGUGACAAAGGACUGGAUCUUUGGGCUCUUCAUGUGCAAGUUCACCUCUUUCGUGAUGUUCCUCAACAUGUUCUGCAGCAUCUUUCUCCUAGUCGUCAUCAGUAUUGACCGCUGUGUGUCAGUGAUGUUUCCAGUGUGGGCUCAGAACAACCGCACCAUGGGUAAGGCCUCUGUGGUGGUGGUUCUGGCCUGGGUUGCCUCUGUCGCCCUCAGCAUCCCCUCCAUGGUGUUCAGAGACGUCAAGACCCAUUUAGGGACGAGCAUGUGUUUCAAUAACUACACAGACCAACACAGCCACAAGACGAUCGCAGUGAGUCGAUUCAUUGGUGGGUUUGUGCUGCCAUUCCUCAUCAUCAUCUUUUGUUAUUCUGUCAUCAUCCUGCGACUGAGAACUAACCGAAUGAUGAGCAAGUCCUCCAAGCCCUUCAAAGUUAUGACUGCCCUGAUAGCCACAUUCUUCAUCUGCUGGCUGCCCUACCAUGUCUUUGUACUGCUUGAGCUGAACCACCAAAGCUACGACCUGCACAUUAUAAGAGCUGGACUUACGGUGGGCACUACGGUAGCCACAGCCAACAGUUUCCUCAACCCAAUGCUGUAUGUUUUCAUGGGCAAUGACUUCCUGCACAAACUCAAGAGCUCUAUACUGUCUAAGAUGGCGAAUGCCAUCGGAGAGGAGGGCCGCACCACCAGCCGCUACCUCUCAAGGUCCAGCUCCAUGGAGGGCAGCCGCAGAACCUCCACACACAUCUAAAACUCUAUGAGGAUGGUGUGGUGUCGAGACAACGAUGCUGAUAUGCUGUGAUGACAAGAAAUCCGCUGACACUGUCCUUGAUUAUAAUGGUUUAUUACAUCAAAGAUUACAGUAUCAAUUUACAGACUUCUGCAGACAUCUGGAGAACAACUGACCCAAUCUCUAAUAUGUUAUUCUCUCCGUCCUUUGUUCCAACCAUGGUAUUUAUAAUAUGUAACAUAAUAUGGGUGGUUUUUUAUAGACCAAUCCCUGGCCUUUACGCAUCCGAAUCUCCUCUGUCUUAGGGAGCCCCUAUAGUAAUGUUUUCCAUAUGUUUCCGCAAACACACCAUUUGCAAACGUCAGCAAAAUCAUAAACUGUUUAGAUACUACAAUGGUAAGGCCUCAGUGGCUGCAGAGACUAAGAACACAAUUUUGUUCAGCAAUGCUUCGCCUUGUAGAAAUGUAAUGUAAGGUGUAUUUUCACUUACGGGUCUAAUGGACUAGUUAUAUUUGUCAUAUUUGUAUAAAUCACAAGUAGUGCUCUUUUUCUCAUGUUAAAACAUCUACCCAUUUGAUUUGUUUCCCCCAUGAGCUCCAAGAUAUUUUCCUACCGUCAUUUUUUCCAACCAAUUUCAAUGUCAUUAUCUCACAUACAGCAUGUGA